GGCAUUGCUUUGUUGAGUAGUUUUGUGGCUCCACCCUUUUUGGUGGGAUAGAUUGUCAAUCAAGCGUAUUUCCAUGGUAACGGAAGGCAAAGUAAGAGUCUGACUGCAAGUUAAUUUAGCUUUGCUCACUCAGACCGUUGGGGUAGGCUGCUGUUGUGGUAGUAGCGUACAGGUCGUGGAAACAUUUGGCUAAACUAAUGUCACUGAAGAAAACAAGCAGCGUUCCUUACAGCACUGCUAAAAGUUUAGAAAGAAAUGCGUUCGCGUUACGACAUUUCUAGCUAGUUAGCUCGUUUGUUAAGGGUUCCUGUAUUCAUUUAGCUAGUAACAAUAGCUAGCUAGUUAGUGGACAGAGCAUUUCGUGCUGUUUCAUCAACACGAGCGCCAGAGCCGAUAGAAGAUAAAUUGGACCGAACCGGCGUGAUGAUCCCCGAAUGUCCCAGGAGUUCUGAGACAAGGAGUCGCACACGGUGUCAAGGUGCCGAGCUGACCCAGACUCGCUCUGGGUUACUUUCUGAGAUAAAAACACCAAUCAAGACCGAGCCAUUUAAUGAACACUACAGUCUUAUCCCUGGCAAAGAGCUUGGCAGGGGGAAGUUUGCCGUGGUGAAGAAGUACGUGGAGAAACAGACGGGGAAGGAGUACGCCGCCAAGUUCAUGAGGAAGAGGAGGAAGGGCCAGGACUGCCGACUGGAGAUCGUCCACGAGAUCGCCGUGCUGGAGCGGGCCACCGCCAGCCCCUGGGUCGUUAACCUGCACCAGGUGUACGAGACGGCCAGCGAGAUGAUCCUGGUGCUGGAGUACGCGGCCGGGGGGGAGAUCUUUAACCAGUGUGUGGCCGAGCGGGAGGAGGCCUUCAAGGAGGGCGACGUGAAGCGGCUGAUGCGGCAGAUCCUGGAGGGCGUGGCCUUCCUGCACAGGAGCAACGUGGUGCACCUGGACCUCAAGCCCCAGAAUAUCCUCCUGACCAGCGUGGAUCCUCUGGGAGACAUCAAAAUAGUGGACUUUGGGCUGUCCCGCAUGGUGAGCAGUACCCAGGAGCUGCGAGAGAUCAUGGGGACCCCAGAAUACGUGGCUCCAGAGAUUUUGAAUUAUGAGCCAAUAAGUACAGCAACAGACAUGUGGAGCAUCGGAGUGCUAGCCUACGUGAUGCUAACAGGGACGUCUCCUUUUCUGGGAGACGACAAGCAGGAAACCUUCCUCAACAUCUCCCAAAUCAACAUCAGCUACACCGAGGAAGAGCUGGAGGGGCUGGAGCAGCCUGCCAUUGAGUUCAUGAAGUCCCUGCUCAUUAAAGAGCCACAAAACAGGGCCACCGCGGAGGAGUGUCUACAGCACCCCUGGCUCCAGCAGCCGGCCGAGGGGAAGGGAGAAAUGAAGGAGAGGCUGGAGGGAGGGGCGGACGGCCCCGCCUCCCCUCCCGCCGAGGAGGACGAGGAGGAGGACGAAGAGGAAGGCCCGGUGAGGGAGGAGCUCAUCGUGGUGGCGGCCUACACCCUGGGACAGUGCCGGCAGUCGCAGUCGGAGAAGGAGGCCAUGACCCCUGAGCAGAAGGCCGUCUCCAAGCGCUUCAAAUUCGAGGAGCCCUUCAGCGCCCUGCAGGAGGUCCCCGGAGGGUUCAUCUACUGAAGCCCCGCGAAGCCCAGCUUCGAAAAACGCCUCCUUAAACCCUCCUCGUGAUCUGAACUCAUUAAGCCAAACCUCCAUCGUUCAUUAAGCUUGUUUGUUCGUUCGUUCAGUCGUCCGUUUGUUUUUAACGUUGCUGCUUUGUUUUCAUGGGUAAGCUACGACAGACUGAACUUUGCUGUGUUUUUUCAGAUUUUUUUUUACAUUUGGUGCCAUGCUUGAAAGUUUCGGCGAGACUUGCGCAGAGCCUCUUCGCUUUGUUUUUUGGUUUUUGUUUUUUUUUUCCUUUGACCGUCGUGCUGUUCGAUGCCGUCUCUUUCUAAAAGUGUGUGUUGUUUAUGUUUAAUAGUAAAGAUUUGGUUCGGGGAAGGGCUAAAUAUAUGUAUAUACAACUAAAGCUAAUAUUGUUUCAAGAGUACGUUUUAAUUAAACGGUUUAAAAAAGAAAAAAAGCCAUUGCACACAUAUGACCCCAAACCGUGCUUACGGUCAGUACUUGGAUUUGAAUUUCUAAAGCAAUAAUUACAUUUCAUUGUACACUGUUUAUGCAGUGAUUUUUUUUUUUAACUCAUCCCUAGAUCUGCCAGUAUAUGUUUAUCCAAGUUUGUCUCCAGAUUAGAUCUUUUCUAUGGAAACAAAGUUGAACAUGAAUACCUUUGACAUUGUAAAUAAAUGUUCAUCUCAAACA